GCAAGGAAAACCCUUCGCCAGUUUGCCUUAGACCGUUGACGGGGAAGGUUGUGCGCUCCGUUGCUCCGCUCCCCUAGAGAUAAGAGACUGUGAUAAAGAAAAUGAUUAGAGAGAAUGAGAGAUAAAGAAAGAGAGAGAGAGAGAAAGAGAGAGAGAGAGAGAGAGAGAGAAGGAAAAGUGACAGUGAACAAGAUUGAAGAAGAAGAAGAAGAAGAAGAAAUAAAGAAAAGAAUUGAAAAGAACGAUAGAAAUAAAGAAAAAUAAUAAAUAAAUAAAUAAGGAACCGAGAAAAUUAUAGACGUAAGAAACUGAAAUUAAUAUAAGUGACAGAACAACAACAACAACAACAACAACAACAACAACAACAAUGGCAUCCCAAUACACAAGUAGUGGUGGUGGUGGUGGUGUUGUGAACCUGGUGGUGAUGGUGGUAGUCAUAGCUGCUACCAUUACCACCACCACCACCACCACCACCACACCCUCCCCCCCGUUCCUAACUACAGCGGGGGUAAUGACGGAGGCCCCCCCACCUCGCCCUGUGGAGUUGAAGAUGAGGCCUAAAGACUGCCCUGUGUACGUGCUGGGCGAGCUGCGAGCCAUCAAGAAACACGGAGAGACUUGGCUUAAUGAUGGGAAUGCGUGCGAGAAGUGUAGAUGUGAUAAAGGAACUGAGAGAUGCUACUAUAGCUAUUGUAACCAGCAAACAGAAGUCGUGAACAACCCGCUGGUGGGCCGCCCCCCUUGGACGAUGAAGAUGGGGGGGAGGGGGAGGGGGAGGAGGAGGAGGGGUCUGGCAGGCCGCCCCCCCCUCCCCCCAACGCCCUCGGAGACCGCCUUAAGACCUACAGAAAGAGCGCGCCGGGGGAGCUUCGUGUCCCAGCUGGUGACAACGACACACGCCUUCCUGCCUUCUGCGGCGUGCAAUGCUACAAGAAGUGUCCCUGGGGCUACAAGAUGGACCCAGUGAGGCAGUGUCGCCAAUGUUCUUGUCGAAGGCGGUGCCACGACCUCGACAAGUGCCAGCUGAUGUGUCCCGAGGGUCUGGCCACGGACAGCCACGGGUGCUCGAUCUGCCAGUGCCGCGGGGGGAGCCACGGGGAGCGCCGACGAGACCCACAAUGCAACACCACAAGCGUGCGUGGGUGCGUGGACGGAACAAGACAACGGCAGGUCGGGGAGGUGUGGGAGAGGGGGCCCUGUGUAGCCUGCAGGUGUGUAGUAGACGGGUAUACUGAGUGUAAUGUAACCCGGUGCCCCCCCCCGGCCCCCUGCCCCCCGCGCCGCCACCCUGCUGACGCCACAGCAGACCAGCAGACCUGUUGCCCCGCGUGUAUAGAGGCUCCAGGCGGUGAGGGCUCGCGUGGCAGUACUGUGGGACGCGCUGAGGUCACCGUGCAAUCAGCUUGGGAGAGGCAAGACCUGACCUACGAGCACCCACGCACGCCCACGCCCUCCCACGGGUCAGCAGCCAGCGAUGGAGCGGUCAAGAGUGCCGUGCAAGCCGAGGUACUGACAUGGUGGCAGAUGACCUUGAUAAUGGUGACCCUGGCCGUGGUGUGCAUUGUGGGAGCUGGGUGUGUCCUCAAGCACUGGAGACGCGCGCAUAGAGACAAAUAUGAUAUAAACUCGUAUCGCAUCCCGCCCCCGCUCACUGAGAAGGUCCGGCCGGUUACCACAGCAGACGACCACGUGAAGGGAAGGCUUAUGUAGAGAGAGAGAGAGAGAGAGAGAGAGAGAGAGAGAGAGAGAGAGAGAGAGAGAGAGAGAGAGAGAGAGAGUGUGUUUUCUUUUAAUAAUAGUGUGUGUGUGUGUGUGUGUGAAAAGUCGUAAAUUCUUUGUACACACGAACGCACGCAUACACCCCUCCUGCGUGCGUGCGUGCGUGCGUGUGUGUACUGUAUGCGUUGCUAUUGGGUCAUUCAUCUUCACUACUUGUGUACGUGUUUGUGUGUAGGUAUGUUGGUCAUGUACGUAAAUUCAGUCCUAAUGUACGUUUUCCUGUGUACGUAAUUUGAGCCAUGUACGUAUAUUUUGGUGUUUACUUAUAUAGUGUACAUAGUGAUUAGUAAUAUUCUUCUUCACUACUGGCGGUAUUUCUCUCUCUCUCUCUCUCUCUCUCUCUCUCUCUCUCUCUCUCUCUCUCUCUCUCCAAGUGAUCCCGUAUGUAAAAUUUUGAUAUUUUUUUUCUUCUUUUUUUUUUAAUGUUAUAUUCUUCCUUUUUGGUCUAUUUUGAUUCUAUAUAUGGUAAGUAAAAAUAUAUAUGGCUUUUUGUGGGUGUAUUUAUAUAUGUGUGUGUGUGUGUGUGUGUGUGUGUGUGUGUUGAAUAUUUACGCAAGUGUGUGAAUUAUUAUUAUUAUUAUUAUUAUUAUUAUUAUUAUUAUUAUUAUUAUUAUUGAUUCGUUUUUUCUUCAUUAGUGUAUAAGUAAAUGGAAUAAUUGAUUGGUGGAGGAAUAGAUAAAUUGAUGAGGAUUAAAGAUAAGUGAUGAUAAUGAUAAAAAAAAAAGAAAGUGGUGAUUGUUAUUAUUAUUAUUUUUUUUUCGGUUAUAUCAGUUAUGAGAAUUUGUAUUAAUUAUUUGAAAAAGUGACAGUUAUUUAUAUUUUCAUAAUUUUCCAUAGUAACUGCAAAUCUCUUUAAUAUUCCGUCAUUCUCUAUAAUAUUUUUUUUCCUAUAAUUUUCUAUUACUUAUAGUCUUAAAUUAUAUAGAUAUUUUUGAAAGGUGUACUCCAUUUGUAUAGAUAUAUUUUUUCCGAGUAAUUUUAUUUGUGACCCCUUUAGAAACCUAUUUAAUCUAACUUAAUUCAAUUCAAACAAUAUCCUAACCAAACCUAAUUACGUAAUCUAACUUAACCUAAUUAAAUUCAAAUAAUAUCCUAACGUAACCUAUCCUAAGUUAACCUGUCUUACCUAACCUAACAUAUCCUAGCCUAACUUAAUGACCGAAGUGAAUUUAUGAGUGAUAGAAGGAAAGAGUUAAAGGAACGAUAGAAGAAAUGUAUUAAUUAAUGAAGGAAGGAGUUAAAGGAACGAUAGAAAUAUAUUAAUUAAUGAAGGAAGGAAGGAGUUAAAGGAACGAUAGAAGAAAUAUAUUAAUUAACGAAGGAAGGAAAAAAUUAAAGGAACGAAAGGAGAGAUAAAUUAAUGAGUGGAUGAAGGAAGGAGUUAAAGGAACGAUAGAAGAAAUAAAUAAAUAAAUGAAGGAAGGAAGGAAAAAAAGAAUAAAGGAAGGAAAGGAGACAAAAAAAAGAAAAAGAAAGAAAUGAAAGGAUGAGUGAAUGAAAGGAAAUAAUUAAUAAAAUGUGGAAAGAAUGAAUGAAUGAAAUAUUGAACGAGUGAAUGAAUGAAUGAAUUAAAUUAUAGAAUAUUCAGCUUGAAACAUUUGACUUUUGUCCCCAAUAUAAAAAUAAAAAAAAAACGCACAUUUAUAUAUAUAUUUUUCUUUUCUAGUCAACUUCUAAGGCGUUUGUAAUAAUAAUAAUAAUAAUAGUAAUAAUAAUAAUAAUUAUUUAUUUUUACGUUUUUUUUUCUUUCAAUAACGAAUGAUAAAAGUUUUUGAAUUUCAUUAUUAUUAUUAUUAUUAUUAUUAUUAUUAUUAUUAUUAUUAUUAUUAUUAUUAUUAUUAUUAUUAUGUUCUAUGUAUAUGUAUAUGUAUGAUGUACGUAGAUUAAGUCUAAUUGUAUAUACUAUUAUUAUCAUUAUUAUUAUUAUUAUUAUUAUUAUUAUUAUUAUUAUUAUUAUUAUUAUUAUUAUUAUUUGUUUUUUCAUUGUGAUUCUUAUUUUUUUCAUUUUGUUUAUUAUUAUUAUUAUUAUUAUUAUUAUUAUUAUUAUUAUUAGAUAGAGCUCUUUAUUUUUGCUUCAUUUAGGCGUAGGCAAUAUGUAAUUCCUUCCCUCAUUAUUAUUAUUAUUAUUAUUAUUAUUAUUAUUAUUAUUAUUAUUAUUAUUAUUAUUAUUAUUAUGGUUCCUUUAGGGUUUAGUAAGGUCUUAUUAUUUUUCUAUACGCGUGUGUCUGUCUGUAUAUUGGUGUCAAGGCGCGGGCGUGAGGACAAGGCAGGAAAUUAUUAAAAUUAAUAAGUAAUAAUGAUAAGCUAAAGGAACGAACAAGAUGGCGUCUUCCUCUCCAUGUCCUCCGCAACUCUGCCAUAUAUUCGCUUAUAGAGUUAUUUAUCAUCCCCAAAAAAGUGCUGUUUAGGAGGCAUUGUAUAUAAUUGACUUAUUUUUUAUUUAAAGUCCCCGUAAGGAAGUCAAAUAAAGUCCGUAGGAUUAA